AUGUCGAUUGUUAACGGGCACGCCCGUUGGGCUUAUGAUUUUCGGGCAUGGAAACCAACAAUGCACGAUUUGAAAAUCGCUGUUUCCUUAAUUCAACCGGAAGAGAAGAAAAGAUUAUCAAAAUUUAUGUUUCAAGAAGAUUUCAAAGCAUCACUAUGCGGACGUUUACUGAUGAGGUACUUUGUGCGAAAUGCAAUGAGCAUUAAUAAUCACCAAUUCAAAUUGGGACGAGAUCUAAAGCAGAAGCCGUAUUUGAAGGAAAUAAAUUGUGCAACGAAUUGGGAAGAAAAAAUUAUCGAAUUUAACGUUUCCCAUCAAGGUUCCCUCGCAUGUCUUGCCGGUUAUGUCAGUGAUAAAACCGAGAUUAAUACGUCAACAAAAUUGGGGGUUGAUGUGAUGAAAAUUGAAUACAGCGGUGGGAAGUCGUUGUCAGAAUUCUUCCGUUUAAUGACACGCAAUUUUUCUGACAAUGAAUGGAAGCAAAUCAAAACAUUCGAUACAAACAUCGGUAAAUUGGAAGCAUUUAUGAGAAACUGGUGUUUAAAAGAAAGCUACGUCAAAGCAACUGGCACUGGACUUACUGAAGAUCUCAGAAAAUUAAAUUUCAUUAUCAAGACGUCGAGGAUGGAAGAAAAUGAAGUUAUCACUGACACUAAAUUGGAAUCUGAUGGAAAAACGUUAGAAAAUUAUCAUUUUGAAGAAUCUUUACUGGGAAAGGAACAUUGCGUCGCCGUUUGUUUUCAUAACCACCGACCCUCGACCGAUUUCCUUCCACCGUUGCCUUUCAAAUUAAUUCAAUUUGAAGAAUUAAUCGAAAACGCCACGCCACUGAGUGAAGUUGAUGAGAUCUACUGUGCCGAAAUAUUAAAGAAAGAUACGAAAACAUAA